AUGAACAGCAACCAACUCCACCAGCCCUCUUCUGGGAGUCGCCAGCAAGCAUACAUGUACCUCAAUGACCAAGGCAUUGGUCAUCUUGCGCGUCACGACACUCAGGCCGCCCUUGCAUGCUUCACGAGAGCUUUAACCAUUGUCCAACAAGGAGUUGCGACGGCCCCAGUUGCCAACGAAGGUUCCAUCCAGUCUCCAGUGUGGCUCUCAGUGUCGAUUCAAGGGCUCAGUGACGAUGAAUCUGGUCUCUACAUCCACUGCGAAGCCUUGUCUUUGCAGAUUGGCACAGAUGGCAGUGACUCUGUGCAAACUCACAGCAUGGCUGCUGUGGCUAUCCUCUUCAACCUUGCUCUGACCUAUCACGUCCACGGUGUCAAGCACCAAAAGAUGGCUCGAAUUCAGAAAGCCUCCCGCCUUUAUGAACUCUGCUCUGGAGAGAUGAUGUCAUCCCCUCACGUUGACCCAACAUUGUGUUUGUUUGUCAGCAUGGCAUGCCUUAAUAACAAAGCCCAGAUCCAGUACCAGUAUCUGGGUAGCAAGGCAAAUGCUGCUGAAUUGGCCUGCCAGCUUCAACAGCAGUUGGAACCUGUCCUUACUGCUGUUGACAACGAAGGCAACCUUUUGAGCCACACGUACUCACAACUCGAUGAAAUGUUCUUGAACGCUCAAAUGCUCAGCCAUGCAGUCUGCAUGGGAGCUUCGGCUGCUUGA